CACUAUGUCCGGGGGUCACCGCUAUUCCACCAAGGAAGCGUAAAUCACUUUGUCUCGCAUGGUCCGUGCUGUCGCGUCGCGGAUCUCCUGCACAGUUGAGGAGAACGCGAAAUUGCCUGUCUAGGGUUUGCUCCGCGUCGAAUCCACAGUUCGCCACCGACGCCGGAAUGCAGCGAUACGGGCUGCAGCUCCGCAAGAAGCCGGCGGCCUCCUCGUCCUCGCGACCGCUACCGCCGGCGCGCCCACUGGCGGCCUUCGCCGACGACAGCGAUGACGACGUGGAGGCCGACAUCCUCCGCCAGUCGUCGAAGAAACGCGCCCUCGAGAAGGUGGAGGAACUGCAGAAGAAAGCGAUCGAGGAGGAUCCCUCGGUGUUUGCCUAUGACGAGGUGUACGAUGAUAUGAAGGAGAAGGCCGCUCGCCCCAAGAUACAGGCCAAGGUCGUUCGCGAGUCAAAGUACAUUGAAGCACUUAAGGAGAAAGCAGAACAACGUAAACGAGAACAGGACAUAGUGUAUGAGAGGAAGCUUCAUAAAGAGAGGAGCAAGGAAGACCACCUGUUUGCUGACAAAGACAAGUUUGUAACAUCUGCCUACAGGAAGAAACUUGAAGAGGAGAAAAAAUGGCUAGAGGAAGAAAGACGGCGGCAGCUUCAAGAAGAAAGGGAUGAUGUAACUAAAAAGAAAGACUUGAGUGAUUUUUACUUUGGGCUUGCUAAGAAUGUUGCUUUCGGUGCACGGACACAUGACAGUACAGAAAUUGCAGAACCUGAAAAGUUGGAAAAUAAAGUAGAAGAUGUUCAACCUAGCAAGUCUGAUGCCGAAGGAUCCGGUCGUUCUCCUAAGCGCAGGAGGGAAUCCAGUGUAGGAUCAGAGAAGGCUCAUGAAAGUAGAAGUGUGGUAGAACCUGCAACUACUGCAUCAAAAGAUUCAACAGCUGCUAGAUCUAUUGAGAAAGAGGCAGAUGUUUCCACAUCUGCUUCACAAGCUCUCCAGAAUGCUCAACCAGCGCCAAUCACUGACGAGCACUAUAAGAGGAGUAAUGAUGCACUUGCUGCUGCUAGAGAACGAGCACUGGCUCGUAAGAGAGCGAAGGAGCAGCAAAUAUGAAGUGAGAUGCAGAUAUAAUCGUAACAUGCCAAAGCUCAGGGCUGUGUAAUACACUUGACCUUUGUUUUCACCCUGCAGCAUUUUCAGUUGAUGAUGCACGUAUCUCUCUCGCAUAAAUAUAGUCCUCUGGUUGCUGUGUGAUGAUUGAGCUUCUAUGGUCAAAAUAUCUGUAUAUCGACAUUCAGCUUCUAUGACCAUUCUGCUAUGUAUAAUCAGGAGAUGGAGGUUAAUGGAGCCCAUUGUAUUUACUGAAUAUUUGUGCUCCCAAAAAAGAGAAAUACCUUGCCACAGUCAGGCUGAUGGCAACCUGUACCCCUUGGUGUGUUCCAUUGUAAUCUGUAGCUAGUGGAGGUUAUAACAUCAUUUAUGUAAUGACGACUCGAGCUAGUAGUUACUGUAUUUACUGGUGGGUGUUGAAUCAGAGACUUUGAAACUAUGCAUGCCUUUCUCAAAUAAAAAAAGAUGUAUGCAGAUUUUUGA